AUGGCGGCGUCAGUGGACGAGACGUCGCAGAGCGCGGGCCCGCCGGCGUCCGUCGAAGACCAGACGCUGCUCGUCUUUGCGCGCCUUAUGGAAGGCGGCCAGGAGGACGAGGAGACGUGCAGGGAGCUCGACCAACUUACCAAGCUGCUCAACGACGACGCCAUCGCACAGCAAAAGGACAAGAGUCACAAGUCCAUAUGCAGCGUCAUCGACGGCGACUGCGUCGACACCGUGCUCUGUUAUCUUGACAUGAGGCAGCCGGACAUUGUGCGCGGUCACGCCACCUUAACCACGUCGGCAUAUCUCAAGGCUGCUGGCGACGACGGCUCCAAGAAGCUUUCGGCCUUUUUCUUUGACCGCAUCAAACGGGGCACAUACGACGACUACAUUGUGGCUUUCUGCGUCGCCUCAGCUUCCUUUCCCAUAGUCCCCGAUCUCACAGCUCAGCUGUUUCUAAGCGAGGGAUUCCUCAGCUCCCUUGGUCCGCUCAUGCGGCGCGAGUGGAAGAGCCGCAAGGUCGAGACGGCGUGUUUGGAGAUGCUCAACGCCGCUUGCAUGAACCCUCUCUGCCGCGAGGCCGUCGAAAAGUACUGUGUUGAGUGGCUGGAGGAGGUGGUCGACCAAGACCCGACGGGGGCAACCAAGGCCUCCAAGGGCGAACCAAAGGUCCAAGGUGAAGGUGGCUCCAUAUCGAUGCGGAGACACUCGGAGCAGGUACAGCAUUUGGCUGCAGUUAUCCUCGCCAAGCUGCGAGCAGUGCCGUCCAAGGCGGCCAAUGACCCCAACAAGCCACGCAUAGAGCCUGCAGUCACAAGCAUCGAGGACCUGGCCUGCUUGUUCACUAAGAUGAUCCUGCGGGAUGAGGACCACGGCAGACAGCACUCCAUCGAGGGACUCGCGUACGCCUCUCUCCAACCCAAGGUAAAGGAGCACAUCAUCGGAGACCAGCCUCUUCUCAAGAAGCUCGUAAAGACUCUGACGGAGGCACCGCCUCGUUCGCCGACGACGUACGGGGCUCUGAGCAUCUUUGUCAACCUGACGCGCUACCGUCCGGCACUCUCAGAGGAGGAGAAGAAAAUGAGCCAACUGAAGGCCUACGCCAACGCGGCGGGCAAGUUGGCUGGACCAGACCCCCUGGAUGAUGAGGAGCACGUGGGAAAGCGAUGUCAAGCAGUGUUCGACGUCGGACUCGUGCCUGUCCUGGUCACUCACAGCAAGAAUGGCUCGCCGGCCUCGAUGGGGCUCAUCGUGUCCAUCAUCCAUUCCAUGGCGGUAACGAGAACUUUACGGGGUCCCCUGGCUCAGCAGGGCGCGGUGAAGCUGCUCCUGGUUGCAUGGGUCACCAUACGAGACACCGAGGACGCCGCCCGUCGCAUGGCCGCGCAGGCUUUGGCGCGGAUCCUCAUCAGCACCAAUCCUGCUUUGGUUUUCGGCGGUAAUCGAUCGAAUCCCAUCAAUGCCGCGAUCCGGCCGCUGGUGUCCAUCGUUCCUCCGGACCCUGCCGCAGAAACCAGAGACCUGCUGCCCACGUUUGAAGCGCUCAUGGCAUUGACGAACCUUGCGUCUUUGGAGGAUGAUGACACGCGCCGCACAAUUAUUCGGACGGCAUGGUCUCAUGUCGAAGAGCAACUUUUGGCAUCAAACCAUCUCGUGUCCAAAGCAGCCGUCGAGCUGGUUUGCAACCUGGUGCAAGACCCUGAAGGCGCCGCCAUGUAUGCCGACGAUAGCGCCAAAGCUCGGAACCGCCUGCAUGUCCUGUUGGCUCUCGCGGACGCCGACGAUGACGGCACCCGUAGCGCAGCUGGGGGAGCGCUGGCGUCUCUGACAGGCUAUGAGACCGUCGUCCGUGGCAUCGUGCAUCGGGAGCGCGGCAUCAAGGUGAUCCUCACCAUGUGCAACGACCAAGACGAGGGGCUGCGGCACCGCGGGAUCGUCACCAUUCACAACAUGGCCCUGGCACCCGACGAAACGGGCAAGUUGGCCCGGGCGAAGAUCAGGGAGGAGGGCGGCGUGGAGGCGCUCAAGGAGUGCCUCAAGCAGAGCAGGCGACCGGAAGUGGUACAAGCGACCGUGGAGGCUUUGAAGGCCGUGCUGGAGCACGAGGCCUAA